CGCCCCGGCGGCUGGGAGAGGAAGCUGUCCUCGCUGGCUGUGUGGAGCCUCCGUGUUCAGGGGCAUUCUACCAGCAAAACAAUGAUUGCUACGGGGGACGGCAGUAGCCUGGGAGGGCCCUGCCUUGGGAAGAAGCCGGGUGCUGGCACGGUGGAGCGCAAGGCGAUGCUGGCCGCGAGAGAGGCGGGCCGGCUGCCGCAGCCCUGCACUGCUCAGGCUGGAGGCUGGAGGCGGGGCUGAGGCCGGCCCCAAAUCCCUCGCACGGACAGCAGCGCGCGCACCCUCGGGCGGGAGCAGCUCUGUGGUCUGCAGCAACCCAGUGCGCUGCUAGCUGUUUGCAGACUCCCCCCCCCCCCCCGUCCGCCCAACUGAGUGGCUCGUAUAAAACAAAGCUGCGAAGGGCACGAGCUCCUGUCUCUGCUGGUUUGGGGCAGACAGGCCGCUGCUGCUGCUGCUGCUGCCCCCUUGCAGGGGGCUUCUCUCUGUGGGCACCUCUGCUCUGGGAGGAAACGUCUCUCUUAAAAAACAAAAAACCCACGUUGGGCCUUGCGGGUCAGACUCGCUCUUAAGUCUUUGUGAAACGUGAGUGGAGGCCUGGUCGGAAGGAGGGGGCAGCAGGAUCUGUUGUCCCAGUCCGUGUAUUGUCUGGGACAAUCCAUCCCAGACAAUACAACUGGCUGCUUUGCUUCCAGUGGCAGCAUGGCAGCAACUGUUCCCCAGAACAAUCUUCAGAAGCAGCUUGAACUUCAUUCCGCCAAAGGCACCCUGAGUAAGCUGACGCUUCCCAAACAGAAGGCUGCGGGAUUUACAUUCAAGAAGAAAGCCUCUCCCGGUAACUGCACCCCAUUCCAAUAUCUAGGUGGGAAAAGGGAUUCGGCCUUGAAGGAGAAGAAUGUUAACUCUCUCUUGACUAAGCCCAGUGUGUAUUUGCCUAGUGCAAAAGAUAAACAGACUAAGAUCAACAAUCUCUUUGAAACAUCAACAGUGAAAGGGCAUGAAGGAAAACAAAGCCAUCCACACCAGCAAUGCCAGGAAGUUUUGGGUGGUUCUCCAUCUUCUGUGAGAGCAAGAGAGACGGUCCAGGAACGAGGCGGCCCCCGCUUCCUCAGAGGAGACCAUAAUAGCUCAUACAGUGCUGCUAUUACCAUUGACAAUGACUGGGAUGACAUCGAUGACUUUGAAAUAUUGGGGAAGCAAAAGACCUGCUCAAAAAGCCCCGCUUCACUUUCAGACAAUUGGUCUGCAAAAACUAGCAGGACUCCAAAAAACCAUAAUUCUUUUGGUAGUAAGUUGUCAAAGGCAUCUGCCACAAGAAGAGCCAGCCAAGGACAGAAGGAAGACCCUGCAUGUAAGAACAGCAACUUGCCGAUGCAUGAACAGGAACCGGAUUUUGCAGGCAGCCAGUCAGUCAUUUGCCUUGAUCCGCCGACUCCUGAACAUGACCAUGAAAACUUUGUGGACAGCGAUCUUCAAGAGGUGAACCCUGCAGAAAGUCCCUUGAGCAACAAGGAAGAGUCCUUGAAGGCACAGAAUGAUUCUGGCCUUGUGAUGAAUGGAUGUGAAGGUCCAGAGGAUGAAUGGAGCGAUCCUGUGGUGUGUGAUUGGCCUGAGGAUGAAGAACACUAUGUUGACUUUGUUCCGCCUUCCCCGGAGGAAGACCUACCGCUGCUGCCUCCUGCAUCUUCUUUGGGCAUGAGAGAGUCUGCUGUUGAGAGAACACCGACGACUGAUGUCUUGAAAAGCAGCCUUCUAAUCUCUGGCGUAACUGCCGAUGAAACCAGUGAAGGACAGGAAGAUGAGUUCUUGCCCUUGGGACAGUCCCUCUACAGUGUGAUGGAGAGCAUCUGCAAGCUGGUGGAUUCCAUCCCAGAAUGGGCACUGAAGUCUUUGCAUUGUGGGAAGGAGCUGCUGCAGCACAGAGACCGCAGAAGAAAACUGUUACGUGAUCACACUACUGGAUUUGGAAAGGACCCUGGUACCUCUCUUGCCAUGAACCACAAACCUUAUCCUGGGUAUGAUGGUUCCCUGAACAGUGAUGUUUCUUUUCAGCUAGAGAAGCAGUGUUCCAGGGCCCCUCAAAGGGAAACGUUCCAGUUUAGAAAACCUUCCCUGAAACCCCUUCCUCCUGCUGCUGCUGCAUAUCAACAUGCCCUUCAUUCAACUCCAAAUGCUCAAGAGCCAAACGGUGCUGACCUGUCGCCGUCUUUGGAGAGUUCUGCUCUGGACUGUGAUUUCUUGGAAGGCACAAGGAUGUCUCUUUCCAAAAGAAGCACCAAUGAAAGAUCAGUCCAGAUGGUCUCGCUUCACAGUUCUUGGUCUGAAGCCUCAAAGAGGAGAGGGCAAGAUGUGAGUUGGCUGUCUUCAAAGACUGAUUUAGGGGACCCAAAUGGGCUCUCUGCAGCUCAAACCAGUUUGGGAGAGGAGAACUGCUCGGCAGCCGAAGAUGUGAACUUUGAUAUUGAUGACUUUGAUGAACUGGAUGACGUGCUCAUUACUGCAGCAACCGAACAGCCAUCAAUAGCUCACUCCCAGCAUGUUGGGGGAGGCCAGCCUGCCAAGACGUUCCUGGAAGAAAGCUCCCUGAGAGUCAAGGGGAAGGGCCACCCUUGGGAUCCAGUUCUGCCCCAACCAAACCACUUUGUGCCUGCCAAAAGCAGCAUGGUCCCACAGGCCAAAAGCCUGCCUUCCUACAAUCCAUCCCUAGAACGCUUCCGAGGCUUAACGUUUCCCCAUUCACAUGAGAUGAUGAAGAUAUUCCACAAAAAGUUUGGUCUCCAUCACUUCCGGACUAACCAACUGGAGGCCAUCAAUGCUGUUCUCCUGGGCGAGGACUGCUUCAUCUUGAUGCCAACAGGGGGUGGCAAGAGCCUGUGCUACCAGCUGCCAGCCUGUGUUUCCUUGGGGGUCACCAUUGUGAUUUCUCCCUUGAGGUCACUGAUUGUGGAUCAAGUUCAGAAGCUUACCUCGAUGGACAUCCCAGCAACUUACCUGACGGGUGACAAAACCGAUGCCGAAGCCUCCAGAAUCUACAUGCAGCUGUCCAAGAAAGAUCCCAUUAUAAAACUCCUCUACGUUACUCCAGAGAAGGUCUGUUCGAGUGGCCGCCUGAUGUCGACUCUAGAGAACCUGUACGAGCGACAGCUGCUAGCUCGCUUUGUGAUUGACGAGGCGCACUGCGUCAGCCAGUGGGGCCAUGACUUCCGGCAAGACUACAAGCGGCUGAAUAUGCUCCGCAAAAAGUUCUGCUCCAUCCCUAUAAUGGCCCUCACGGCCACCGCAAACCCCAGGGUGCAGAAGGACAUCCUCAACCAGCUCGAUAUGCUUAAACCACAGGUGUUUAGUAUGAGCUUCAACCGGCACAACUUGAAAUACGAAGUUUUGCCCAAAAAGCCGAAAAGUGUUGCUUUGGAUUGCUUACAGUGGAUCAGGAAAUUUCACCCCUAUGACUCUGGAAUCAUUUAUUGCCUCUCACGGUACGAAUGUGACUCGGUUGCCGCCGUCUUACAGAAGGCUGGUCUUUCUGCCCUUGCCUAUCAUGCUGGCCUCCCUGAUGGCACCAGAGAUCUGGUUCAGCAGAAGUGGAUUAAUCAGGAUGGGUGUCAGGUUAUAUGCGCAACGAUUGCCUUUGGCAUGGGGAUUGAUAAGCCAGACGUCCGUUUCGUCAUCCACGCCUCUCUCCCCAAGUCCAUUGAAGGCUAUUAUCAAGAGUCGGGCCGCGCCGGGCGGGAUGGAGAAAUGUCCCACUGUCUGCUCUUCUACAGCUACAGCGAUGUCACCAGGCUAAGGAGGCUCAUUAUGAUGGAGAAAGACGGGAACAGCCACACGCGGCAGACUCACUUCAACAACCUGUACAGCAUGGUCCACUACUGUGAGAACGUGGUGGAGUGCCGGAGGAUACAGCUGCUAGCCUACUUUGGAGAAGCCAGCUUCAAUUCUAAUUUUUGUAAAGAGCACCCUGAAGUCACUUGUGACAACUGCUGCAGAAAACAGGAUUAUAAAUCGAUGAAUGUGACCGAAGAAGUGAAAAACAUUGUUAGGUUUGUUCAGGAGUAUUGUGGUGAAAAGGGAGCAAGAAGUAUGAAGAGUAAGCUGGGGAGAUACACGCUGAACAUGAUGAUUGAAAUCUUCUUGGGUACCAAAAGCGCCAAGAUUCAGUCAGGCCUCUUUGGCAAGGGAGCAGCCUAUUCACGCCAUAAUGCUGAGCGCCUCUUUAGAAAGCUGGUGUUGGAUAAGAUUCUGGAUGAAGAGCUGUACAUCACAGCUAGCGACCAGGCAGUAGCCUAUGUCCAGACAGGGGAGCAAGCGCAUGCCGUACUAAAUGGCUCUCUACAGGUGCAGUUCCAUGCAACGGAAAAUGCCAGCAGUAUCCGCAAGCAAAAGGCUAUGGUUACCAAAAUAUCCCUGCGGGAAGAGAUGGUUAAGAAAUGCCUCUCAGAACUCACAGAUGUCUGCAAAAAUCUUGGGAAAGUGUUCAAUAUCCAUUACUUCAAUAUUUUUAACACUGCCACACUUAAAAGAAUAGCAGAGACGUUGUCUUCGGAUCCAGCAGCUUUGCUUCAGAUUGAUGGUGUUACAGAGGACAAACUAGAAAAGUAUGGAGCAGAAAUAACUGCAGUGAUGCAGAAGUACUCUGAAUGGACCCUGCCAGUGGAAGAUGAGCCUCUUCCAGCCAUGGCUGCUGAUGCAGGAAGAUAUUCUGCCACCUCUGAGGAGGAAAUGUGCACAACGUCUGCCUACUUCUGCAAUAGAACCAACCAAGGAAGGAAGAGAAAAAAGCCACAAUUCUUCAGAGAGAGUAAGAAGAAGAAAACCAACUCUGGGGGCCGGCAGGCUCAUUCUAAGCGGGGUUACAAAACCUGCAGAAGCGUCCCGUCUGCCUCCGGAAGCGCUGCCUCUUACAUUCCUCCAGGCAAGCCAGGACUCGGCAAAAGGCCUGGAAUUAUGGCACCGCCCAAGCCCCAAAGUAGACAGUAUCUUAAGCCUUCUUAUUCAUUCUUGUAACGUAUUUUAAGCCUUGUUCACGUUCCUGAACUGGACAAAAGGGAUUUAACUAUGUUUUUGCCUACCCGAAUAUUCAAGUUUGAAUAAAUAUUUUCAAUCAA